GUUUGGAGUAAUUCUUGUCAUCAGCCCGCAACCAUGCCUGUUACUUUGGAAAAAGUGCACAAGCAGAUUUCCAAGAAGCGCAGUUCCACUAAUGCGCUUCAUGAGAACAGUCGCGAUGCCCACCGACUCCGCAAAGCCGGUGCUCGCGACGAUCGAUUGUCCCGCCAUAACGCCACUGUGAACCGUGCAAGACAGCCAUACUUGGACCGAAUUGAUUACAUCUAUGAGGCUAUACAAGAGCUUACUGAGGCCCUCUCGACCGAAGAGAUUUCCGAGUUCGUUGCUAAGUACAUUGACCGUGAUACUGAGGAGAUCAAACAGCUCGAGUCAGAGCGCCGGAAAGGACGUCCUCCUAGCAAGCGCGAAGAGGCCUUGAAGCAGCGGGUGCAAACCGAGGAUCGGGAGUUCGCGACCGGACUUUGGAUGCCCGAUCUAGGCGAUCAAUAUGCAAUGACCGCAAUGAAGACCUGGAAUGGACACUGGUCGGGUCUGAGCGCAAUCAAGUUUAUGCGGUUCACAAAAGCCGGAGAGAAGCUCACGUCUACUUUCCCACCCAAGAGCAUGUCAUGAUCUCACGAUUACUUUUUUUUUCUAUAUAUUUUUGUCUGGUGUCCAAAAUGACUGGGUUGGCGCAUUAUGGGCACAUUGAUUCUUCUCUAGAUUCUGUACAGCCGAAUAUUCUCGAAUAUACCAUUUCAAUUCAAUG